CAAAAGUGUUCGCAAAUAGCGAUUGACAAUGUGCCGGCAAGACCUCGCGUUUUGGUGCUUCGCGUUUUUGCUCGUUUCGUCCUCUCAGUCUCAGAAGAAUUCCACGAACGAUGACGAGGAAAAUUCGAUGGUGCAACAUGAACCUGACGCAAAUUUGAUGAAAGACCGCAGUGAUGAAGCGAAACUAAUAACGUAUUAUUCGCGUGAAAAUUCCACCAAGGACAACGAGACGCGACGCGAGUUUCGCGUUAAUUCCGUGGGAAGCAAUCGCGAAAAUUACGACACGACGGAAUACGAAUUUCAUCUGUAUUCUACGAAGGCCCAUCAGGGAGACAAUCAGAUGCCGACGGAGCUCCGCGCGAAGGCUAAUAUCAAAAACGAUUCCAUCUCACACGAAUCGCAUAAAAAAUUGAUGAAACUGCAAGAAGAUAAGAAUAAUUCCGCGUCGCACAAAUCACACGAAUACUUCGCGCAAAACGUAAACAACUUUACAUUGCACGAGUUCCACGGAAAUUUCAAUAAAGAUGGCAAUGAGAGCAACAUCUCUACGUAUGAAGUGUGCAACAACAACACCUGCAUCCAGCUCUGUUGUCCUCUCGGCGAUCGUUUGAUUAAUGAGAAGUGCGUGAGAGAAGGUAAUUAUUCUUUCCCGGUAUACACGAGCGAUUCAUCGCAGAACAAAGAAAGGAAGCUGGAUGAGGUAUUUCAAUUAAUCAUCAACGAUCCGUGCGAAUAUGGACGUUACGUGCUCAAUCCCGACGAUUAUCCGGAGGACGAAUACACGGUACUCGCCAACGGUUCGCUGUACCAACCGCGUUACGACGAGUUUAUCGAAUUGACGUCUUAUUGCCUCGCCGUUGUGAAUGGCAACCAGUACGAGGUGGUUAUUUGCUUCUCGAACGAGACCAAGAAUGCGACUUUGCCGGAUCAGCACAGCGAUAUACCUGUUGCGGGUCUCAUAAUAUCCCUGCCAUUUCUACUGGCGACAUUCGUGGUAUAUUCCAUACUGCCGGAGCUGCGAAACAUGCACGGUUAUACGCUGCGCGGAUACGUCGGCUCGCUGUUCGUCGCGUACACCGUUCUUGCGGUGGUGCAGCUGAUCAACCAGGCGAUAUUACCAGAAUCCCUCUGCAUCGCAAUGGCUUUCGUCAUCCAUUUUUCAUUUUUGGCGAGUUUCUUCUGGCUAAAUGUUAUGUGUUUCGACAUUUGGUGGACAUUCGGAGGAUUUCGCUCGUUACAAGGAAGCAUGAAGCAACGAGAAAGAAAAAAGUUCAUCAUAUAUUCGAUCUAUGCGUGGGGCAGCGCUUCCAUCCUCACUAUCGUCUGUGCAAUUAUGGAUUUCGUUCCCAGCGUGCCGGAGCAUUUGAUUCGACCGGAAUUCGGCACUGACAGUUGCUGGUUUACUACGGAUGCGGCAAAGGCAUUGUAUUUUUACGGACCGAUGGGUAUCACUAUUGUCUGCAACAUUUGUUUAUUCAUCUCCACGGCGUUGAAGAUCAUCCGCCACAAAAAGGACACAGCCCAUCAUCUGAGAGGCUCCGAGAGCAGGCGUCACGAUGACAAUAAGCAAUGGUUCAGUCUAUACUUGAAGCUGUUUAUUGUAAUGGGCAUAAACUGGUCCAUGGAGAUAGUGUCGUGGCUGAUCAAGAGCGCGCCGCAAUACGUCUGGUAUCUUACCGAUCUGACAAACACUCUGCAGGGACUCAUCAUUUUCAUCAUAUUUGUGUGGAAAGAAAAGAUCAAGCGGCUGUUGCUAAAGCGCUUCGGCUGCCAGGAUCGCGAAUUCUUCUCCAGAAAUUCGACGCGCAGUGGACUUCACAGCACAGUCUCGCGUACUGGCACCACCUCAACAGGAGUGAUGCCCUUGCAAGUGAAAAUCAGUCCCUACGUACAGGCAAAUUGUCGCACAAAGAGUUCAUCCGAUGAGGCUGAUCCCUAACGUUGAAAGGGAAAGUUUUAUCGGUGAAUCAAGGGUCGACAAUUAAUCUGCUACUAAUUGUGAUGCCAUAAUUCUCCAAUCAAAACUUAAUUUUACGUUAUUAUGCGUUGAUCUCUUUAUUUAGAAUGUCGAAAUGAUAGUACCUCAGAUCUUCACAUAAAAAAAGCUUGUCUCUCUUUUUUUUUCCUUUUUUCUCUCUCUCUCUCUCUCUCUCUCUCUUGUUCUCUUUCU